UUCCUAUGUCGUCGAAACUGUGAGAUGGAAAUUGAAGCCUAAUUCCACGGUAUUCCUCCCAUAACCGAAUCAACUCACCUUCAAAUCAAACUCCAUUCCUCUGCAUUGGACAAAAUUCAUACUUCCAUAGCACGAAGCCACGAACCUGUGGAUACUUUGAUGAAGGCUAAUGGUUUUGAUGCUAACUGUUUUUUUUUCUUCUGGUAAGAUAUGGCAUUUAACUUGAUAGCAAUUUCACCCUAUAUAAUUCAGUACGUACAUAGCUACGUGUCACAAAACAGUAUGUCUGCACUAUUCUCUAAAGUUAAAAAAAAUGAGAAGAACAGAAGAAGAAGAAGAAAAACCAAUCACUGUACUACCAAGGUGCUGCACGAACUAAGCUCAAAUGCUCAAUUUCAUUAUUGUUUAAAAAAACUGGAACUGUCCGACUGUUAUAAAGCCGCGCCCAAAGCCGCGACAUCAGACACCUCCGUUACCUCGACCAGCGUCGUCCUCAAUCAACGCCAUGCAACCGAGCGGCCGUGCGAUGGCCGGCGGCGAGGGCGGGGGCGGGGCGCAGCAGCAGACCGACGACUUCUUCGACCAGAUGCUGUCCACGCUGCCUUCCGCGUGGGCUGACCUGGGCGCGGGCGCGGCCGAGGACCUCGCCGCGCAGAGCCACUUCGGCGACGACUCGUCGGCGCUGCUCGCGUCCCGCCUCCGGCAGCACCAGAUCGGCGGCGGGGACGUCAAGUCCUCCGCCUCCCACCAGUCCCAGGUCAUGCUGCAGCUCAGCGACCUGCACCGCCACGGCGGCCUGGGGGGCGAGGAGAGCGGGCUCUUCACGGACCGGUCCGCUCCGGCGCCGGAGGAGAUGGAGGGCGGCUUCAAGUCGCCCAACUCCGCCGGAGGUGACCACUCCUUGUUCAACGGGUUUGGGGUGCAUGGCGCGGCCACCGUGCAGCCACCAUUUGGCCAGAGUGGAUCGAUGUCGCCUGAGAGCCUGGGAGGAACGGCGGCGAGCGGCGGCGGCGCACCCCCAGCUGGUGGGGCAGCUUCAUCGGCCGGCGGCGGGGCGGCACCCCCGCGGCAGCUGCGGCAGCGGCAGCGGGCGAAGAGAGGGCAGGCCACUGACCCCCACAGCAUAGCGGAACGUCUUCGGAGGGAGAGGAUCGCGGAGCGGAUGAAGUCGCUACAGGAACUGGUCCCGAACGCCAACAAGACGGACAAGGCGUCGAUGCUGGACGAGAUCAUCGACUACGUCAGGUUCUUGCAGCUCCAAGUCAAGGUUCUCAGCAUGAGCCGGCUGGGCGGAGCCGCCGGCGGGAUGGCGCCUCUGGUUGCGAGCAUGGCUUCAUCAGAGGGAAAGAGCAAUGGAAGCGGCGGCGGCGGCAACACUAACGCUACCACCAAGAGCGGCAACGGCGGCGGGCUGCGGGUGGCGGAGCACCAGGUGGCGAAGAUGAUGGAGGAGGACAUGGGCACGGCCAUGCAGUACCUGCAGGGCAAGGGCCUGUGCCUGAUGCCCAUCUCCCUGGCGUCCGCCAUCUCCUCGGCCACCUCAUCCGCGUCGCUCCUCUCCCGCCCGCCCCCCGCCGCCGCCGCCGGCGGCGGCGGCGGCCAGAUGCACGGUGCCAACGGCGGCGCUGCCGCCGCGGCGACGACCAUAUCAUCGCCCGCGUCGGCUAACAGCUCCGGAUGAGGGGGACUGGGGGGAGAGCAUGAGCGACAGCUGUAUCAAAAGCAAAAGGGUGUAUCUAAAAAAAAUUAUUGAGUCCUUUUUGAGGCUUUGACCUUCACUUGGUGCACCGUAC